UUACUAGGGUUUGCGGGCUGCCCGUUUUGUCUGUAGAAAACGUCCAUCCAAGCCCACUGCGCUGCGCCGCCGCCACCUCCCUCCCGCGCGAGAAAUUUCUCCUCCUUCCUCCAGGGUAUCUUGCGAAAUCUCCAGUAAUCCUUAGCUGCCACUGUCCACUGCUCGCCCGACCGGAGGGAGGCGGCGCGGCCAUGGAGCACGGGUCGUUGACGGACUCGACCUCAUCGACCUUCUCCAUCAUGGAGGAGGACCACACCCUCGCCAACUCCGCCAGAUUCGUCCUCAACCAGGACCCAAGGGUAGCAUUUUGUGGAUAUAGCAUCCCUCAUCCUGCUGAGAAGAAAGUCAACAUAAGAGUUCAAACAACAGGAGAUGCAGCAAAGGAUGUACUGAAAGAUGCUUUGCAGAAUCUGAUGAUUAUGUGCCAGCAUGUCAGAGGGACAUUGGACAACGCCGUGGCUAACCAUAGAGCAAAAAAUACUACUGCAGAACAAAUGGAUGUUGACCGGAAAUAGAUGAACUCAGUGUUCGUUGAGACCAACACAAUAUUCUGUUUUUUAAGCUAAUUUUGCUAAAAUCUUGGUACUGAAUAUACACUGUUACUGCAAUCUUCUUAGCUUGCAAAAGUUACUGCUUUGGAGAGUCGGAAGCUCAGAGCUCAGUCAUUGUUCGAGUUGUCUGAUAUAGGUGUAAAUGGUUUGUAUUCAUUAGCUUCCUUUUCUGUAACACUGAAACUCCUCCAGUUUAUUGCAAUAUGUAUUUUUAUGAUGACCUAAACAAUAUUAUAUUAUGGUGAACUAAGUUUCCAAAAGGUUAUGGAUUAAACAUGUACUCGAAAA